AUGGGCUGCUGCAAGUCCAGUCCAUCGCUUCAAGCCGCAAAGCUCCAGAAGGAAUGCGACUCGCUGCGAAGCCAGCUUGCGGCCUUCGCUCGGUCAAAGCCACUUACAGAGGACAACCUGGCGCUCAACAGCAUCCUGGAGCACCUCUGGCCGCACAUCUCCUCGAGCACCACCAAGACGCUGGCCCAGGAGAUGGAGCCCUCGAUCCGGCUGGCCCUCAGCAAGCUGCCCUCGCCCUUCAACAAGUGCUGCCUGGACCAGCGGCGCUCCAGCCUGGGCUCCCGGGCCGCCCGGCUGCUGGCGCCGCGGGCGGCGUGGUGUUCGCCCGAGAGCUUCUCGGUGACGGCGCGCCUGGAGUGGGACAGUGACUGUGCAUUCUAUUUGACAUUGACCGGCGCGAGCUUGGGAAUCACCAACCUUCUCAUCGUUGGCGAUGUCGUCGUCGAACUAUUGAUUUGCCCUGGUGACUCGCUGUACAAAUUGCUGUCGGGCAUCCGCAUUUUCUUCCCGAGUAUGCCGGACAUCCGCUUUGACAUCGACCGGGCGCAGCUGGCGGUGGCGGCCAAUCUGGGCAUGCUGAAGCGGAUGCUGCUGAAAGCGAUCUCCGAGAAGUUGGCCCAGCGCCUGGUGUUCCCCAACUGCCAGGGCAUGAAAUUCGGAGUCUCCGGAGGCGUUGGAGAGGAUCUGCUGGAGGUGAAGAAGCCGGCGGUGCUGGGCCUGCUGAAGCUUGCAGCGCUGCAGUUUCACGGCUUGGAGCCAGGCCGAUAUAUCAUCGAGACGGUUUUCGGCUUCGAUGUGAACACCACCCCCUACCAGCACAGGUUGGGACACGAGCCUUCGCCUGAUUUGUGCUGUCGACACCUGAUGGUGCGAUCUCCUUCACACCAGCAGAUUCUGGUGAAGAUUCUGAGGGAAGGAGCCGCCGCGCGUGAGCAGCUUUGCUUCGUCAACAUCCGUUUAGCAGAUUUGGUCUAUCGCUCCAAAGAUGGGCGGUGGACAACUGGCCUGGAGACAGAUGACCCAGCAUUUCGCGACAGAUAUUCUAUCACGCUGGCAAUGCGUUGGUGGCCCUGCUGCAAUCCGUUGAUGCAGCAGGAUCAACCCCCAGCCUUGGUAUCGGUUGGUAUUUGCUCUGCGCUCGUCCAAGAAGAUGGACGCUUUUGGGUUGUCGCGAGGGUGGAUGGAUCGGAGUCUCCGCAAAGGACAGGCGAAAAGAGCGCCAUUGCGCUCGAGCAAGAUGCCAGCGAGCGGCAAAAAAGCAUACUUCAGAAGUACAAAGUGAGCGAGUCGGACAUGGCCAAGAUCCUGGACUGUUACAAAGUCGAAUGGUUCGAGACCUUGGAAUUUCCGGUGAAAAGGGCACCGGGCUCGCUGGUCUUGGAGCUCUGGCAGAAGGUGCCGGGCAAGCCUGACAAAAAGUUGGGAGCUGUUGCCUUGGAUGCAGGCGAGGGCACUCACCGUUCUGCCAAACUUAGUGCAGCCGAUGAAUCCUCCGAGAUAUUUUUGAAGUUUCGCGUGCAACAGGUUCGAUUUGAGAGCAGCCCAGCCGCAGAGGUCCACCUUGACACAGGUGCCCCCGUGUUGGAGACGGAGGAUCCCGCCUGGGCUUCGGUCUCCAACGCCAUGACCACAGCCGUGGAUAGUAGCAUUGCGGCCACUGGCGCGCUGGCGGUGGUUAUGGACGAAGGGAUCGCUGCCGUGGGAGGUGCUUACACCGGCCUAUCUGCAGUCGCUCAAGCUGGCCUGGAGGGCUUCACCUCGAGCUUCCUGACAGCCCCGGCUGCGACAGCUCCGACCGCGGCAACCCCGACCGAUGCAGCGCCAGCGCAGCCAGUGCAGAGGUGUCGCGCCCCCGCGGGGCCGGAAGAAGACAAAGAAGGUCCUCGACAAGGAAUGAGCCAGUGA